AACGAUAAUGCUAGGUUUUCUCUUCCUACUUCUCUUCAUGGUGGGGGAGGGGGAGGGAGCUAAUUUUCAUUUCUCCCCCUGGGAAGCUGGCUAUAGGACAGAUAGGAUAAUUGACGAUAACUAUGACAUGGAAGAAUUGGGGGAUACUGGCCUACCGGUUAAUCUUUCAAUGCGAUCCUUGGAUUAUUUAAAGGAGUUUGAUCUGCUUGGUUCAGGACCUCCAGGAUAUUCUAACACCAAGCGUAAAUGUCGACCAAACUGGUUAAGCAUGGACUUUCUCUAUAUAUCUGUGGCUGAUGCAAGUAUUUUACAACUAGGGGAGCUAGAACUACUGCGUCUGGAUGGUCGAUGUGGUGAAGGAUAUCCUGCACCAGGUACAGAUAUUCCAGCUGGAUGUGAUAGAUCCUCUACUAAUAGAUGCUGUUCUGCUUCUAAUCAAUGUGGAACGGAUUGUUCCUGUCCUGGAUGUAUCAACUAUGAUGCAGUUCACAACCACCGUGUUGGAGAAUUUCGUGUUUACACUAUAGCUACUCGAGAAGAGUGUGCAAGGAGAUGCCUUCAAUCUCCAGCCUGUGAUAUGUUCUUUAGCGAUACUACCACCUGCCUGUUCUUUCCUUAUAUCAAACUGAAGGGAAGACUUCUUAGACAGGUAACUCAGGAGUACUAUGUUCCAACACAUGCUAUGCUUAUGUUUGUUCUUGAAUGUGAUGAUAGUCAGACCAACAUACUAGAUGACAAUGAUUGGAAGAAGUCUCCUCCUCCUGCUCCCUGGACAGAAUCCCUGACCUGUGCAGGAACUGGGGAUACUACUGUAUACAGGGGAACUAAGAGAAAAACUCACUUCAAGAAUAUGUUACCAGCAUGUCCAACUGGUUGGUCUGCUUUUGAGGAUUCCUGCUUCAUAGACUCUCAGAAAGCCCCAAAUCUGUAUAACAAUGCCUGGUCCUAUCAUUGGCCCUGCAGAUAUCUUCGGCACUCCACUGCCGUUUCAAUCACAUCACAGGCUAAACAUGACUUCAUCAAAAGUACAGUUCUCCCACCAUACAGUGAAGGUUGUAGCUAUGAUAGCCUCACCAGAACUAACAUAGAAACUUGGCACUAUGGAGAAUGUGACACACCUCAUUUCAACAAACCCUACAAGUACUGGUGGACUGCUGCCAAUGACUUAUUUUCUGAAAAUAGUUUUUCCCAUGUCAGCAGUAACCAUCAUCCCAUGCCUGCCUUUUCCUUUGCUAAGUGGUUUCCAGGUCAACCAAACAAUGGAGGAGACAAAACACCGUUUGCCAACCUUGGUUCAUGGGAAAAACAAUAUAGUCGUCCUGGGCAUAAUUGCAUAGCUUAUGAACUCUUCACCCACACCAUCAAUGAUUUACCCUGCAGCUGGAAAUUACCUGCAAUAUGUGAAGGAGAAAAAGAGCUUACAGGGCUAGGCGGUUCAAUGGAUGGUUAUGAUAUGGAGUAUGCUGGAACUUGCAAUGGAGUCUUUUCUUAUGAAAUCAAGAAAAAAAUUACUCUGGCAGAAACAGAAUUCACUGCUGAAUUUAUUGAGGCAUUUAAACCAAAUGGUUUUUUGAAAGUCUGGGUCAGAUUUAUGAGUCCUGAUACCGCUCCUGCUUCAGCAACUGUAACAGCAUCUGUGACAGAUGCUUCAUCAGUAACAUUUACUAAAUCUUUGUCAGUGGCAAGAAGUUUAAAGACAGAGAGUAUUCCUGUUAUUGUUCCUUUAGCUCCACUCCCGAAACUACCAUUAACUGUGGAAGUAAAGGCAGAUGCAACAUCUGGUGGGACAGUUAUGUUCUCUCCUUUAGAGCUUGUUGUAGAACAACCAAUCAAUAUUGGAUGCUAUCAGAUGAAAUCUGGAGAACAAGAAGUCCAGUUGACAUCCAUUCAGGAGUGUCUUGUUCACUGCAAAACCAACCAAAUGCGAUUUGCAAUGAUGAUGAAUGGAAUUCAGUGCAGCUGUAUACCUCAAAUAGAUCAUGAUCAAUUCACUGAACUUCCAUCUGGUAAAUGCAGUAUGCCAUGCUCAGACUAUCCAUCAUUAACGUGUGGAGGAAUUGAUUCUGUUUCUCUUUACACAGCAGAUUGUGAAGAAGGAUUUCUCAGACAUGGCAAUCGUUGUUAUAAGGAUGUUGGAUCAGGAAAAAUGACACUUGCUGGAAAAUGUUACUCAGAUGAAGCUGAUGUUUGGGCUCCAAGGUAUUUAGGAGAAGCAGAGGUUGUUUCUUCACUCAUCAAGAGUGACAAUUUCUUGUACCAUCUUGGAAUACUAACAUCAACAAGUGGACUAACCACACAUCUAGAUAGUUCUGUGUUUGUUAGCUUCUUUCCAUUAUACAGUGGAUCAGUGGAGUGGUUGGGAGGUAGCAGGCCAGUAGACCCUAUACCAGUUUAUCUAUAUGCAGAUUAUGUGGAUUCUACAAAAACUAUUACAAGCACUUUGUAUUCAUCUGCUACAUCUACAAUGACAGUGAUUGCUAAUGGUGUUGGACAACUCAUUUGUGAGAAACCAAUAGUGGAUGGUUUUGGAAAUAAGAAACUUCUUGGAUCCAAACAUGUAGCCUACAAGUUUUUUGAUGCUGGGGUAGAGUAUCUUGAGGAAGAUCCAUCUAUACUGCCAGAGGAGUUGGGAAUACCGUUUAGAUUCGAGAUGCUGAAGGGCUCAUGGGUAGGGAAAUGGUUUGAGAUUAGACUUAAUGAGAGUAUUGUUCUCAACUCAAUAUUUAUAACAAUGAAAAAGAACAAGUAUAUUAGAAACUUUGGAAUACGUGUGCCAAUAAUGGCAAAAAAUAAACCUGACUUGAUGUAUUAUGAACUUUGGUCAUAUAGAACAAUUAUUGCCUCUACAAAUGAUGCUGAUGAUCCAGUGAAGAAAAAUAUUCGCAUAAAACAUCCAAUUGUAGUAGACAGAAUACAAUUCCAAAUAUCCUCUGUUACACAAAUAGUAGAAAUGCGGCUUGAACUAUUUGGCCUUCUUCUUACUGAAGUAAUUCCUUCUGAAUAUUUCAAGUUUGGCCAGUUAAGCCUUGCAA